AUGGAUGUAGUGCAGGCUGUGUCCGGCUACAUCUCUAAGAUGGUGUCAGCGGGAGAUACAGCGGCGGGAGCGCCGUCAGCCAAGAUGAAGAUCCUCUUGCUGGACAAAGACACGGUACCCAUCGUGUCAACCGCCAUCACACAGUCGUCUCUUCUCAAUCACGAAGUCUACCUAAUAGACCGCCUGGAAAACGCCAGCAGGGAAAAAAUGAGGCAUCUACGGUGUCUCUGCUUCGUUAGACCAUCUUCCGACUCCAUCCAAUUCCUGCUUGAUGAGCUUCGGGAUCCCAAGUACGGAGAGUACUACCUCUACUUCAGCAAUGUUGUGAAGAAGUCCGCGCUCGAGCGCCUCGCCGAGGCAGAUGACCAUGAGGUUGUCAAGGCCGUUCAGGAGCAUUUCGCCGACUUCAUUGUCAUUAAUCCAGACCUCUUCUCCUUCAGCCUGUCCAUUCCGCAGCAACGGAUAUGGAGUGCUACCCCAGAUAUGUGGAACACCGACGCACUGCAAAGAACCACGGAGGGACUCAUUGCAGUCCUGCUGUCGUUGAAGAAAAAGCCCCUAAUCAGGUAUCAAAAGAACAGUCUGCUAGCGAAGAAGCUGGCAACAGAAGUGCGAUACAACAUCACCCAAGAAGACCAGCUUUUUGAUUUCAGAAAAGUCGACACACCACCCAUCCUCCUUGUUCUUGAUCGAAGGGACGACCCAGUGACCCCGCUAUUGACACAAUGGACCUACCAGGCAAUGGUUCAUCAUCUGCUAGGGAUUCACAAUGGCCGUGUUGAUCUGAGUGAUGUCCCGGAGAUUCGCCCGGAGUUGAAAGAAAUUGUGCUUUCUCCAGACCAGGACCCAUUCUUCAAGAAGAACAUGUACUUGAACUUCGGCGAUUUGGGCGGGAAUAUCAAAGAUUACGUAGAGCAGUAUCAAUCAAAGACGAAAAACAACGCCAAUAUCGAGUCUAUCACAGACAUGAAGCGCUUCAUCGAGGAGUAUCCCGAAUUCCGAAAGCUAUCAGGAAACGUGAGCAAGCAUGUCACGUUGGUCUCUGAGCUAAGCAGGAGGAAUGUACAAAAACUCAUUCAGUCGCCCUCAGUAACAACAGACAACAAAGUCGGAUUGGUGGCUCUCUAUGCCCUUAGAUACGAGAAACACCCUUCAAACUCGCUACCAAUGCUGGUCGAUCUGCUCUCAGCUGCUGGUGGUGUUUCUGCACGAAGAGCCGAUCUCGUUAGUAAGCUUUUGGCCUACCACUCCUCUCUUCAGCAGUCACACGCUGCUGGCGGCAUCUCAGACAUAUUUGAGUCCGCUGGUAUCUUCUCGGGAGCGGGGAACCGGUUCAAGGGUCUCAAGGGUGUAGAAAAUGUUUACACACAACAUUCACCACUACUGGAGACAACUCUACAAAACAUGAUCAAGGGGAAGCUUAGGGAUCAACAGUACCCUUUUGUGGACGGUGGAGGGUCCACAAGGGACAAGCCGCAGGAUAUUGUAGUAUUUAUCGUUGGUGGAGCGACUUACGAGGAAGCCAAGGUCGUCGCAAGCAUCAAUGCGUCGUCUCCGGGUAUCCGUGUUGUCCUAGGUGGUACGACGGUACAUAAUGCAGCGACAUUCCUAGAAGAGGUGGAUGAUGCAGUAUCAUCCUGGCCAGAGCCGCCGCCAACUACUGCUGCAGGCCGUCUGAGAAAGGAGUUAGGACGAAGGUAG